AUGGACCUCUCCACUAACACUCUAAUGGCAUCUGUUGAUAUGAUGAUCGACCAGGAGGACUGGAGUCAUAUCUCCGAGCCCGCCUUGCGGAAACGUAUCCAAAACCGCAACUCUCAACGCAAGCUCCGUAAGUCUCACAGGCGAUUAGGCCCAAGACCAUUAGUUGAUGUAGUCUCAGGUGCCAAACGGAAGCUGCAAAAUCAGUCGAUCCCAUUUGAAAUCAUGGCAUCGACACCCGUGGUGGAGGAGGGAUCAGAUGUGUCUACCCCACUUUCAGAAAGCUUCAUGGAUUCCGUGGACACAUUUUAUGCUUCGUUGGACCUCGAUUUAUCGUCAAUUGACCCGGAAGUUCUGGGCGAUACUACGAAUCGCACAAUAGAGACAGCAUCGCUGCCGACGCCGACCUGGACAACAGAUGCAGAUGUUGGUUACUUUGACCCUGACUUUUCUCCGUGGGAUGCGCAACAGGCGCUGGAGACCCUGCCCUUGGACCCGGCACUGGCUGAUGCGGUUUCGGGCAAGAAGAUAAUAGCCUCUGCUCCGCAACAUCUGCCACAACGACAACCAAAUUCGGGGGACGUCCAUAUCUAUAUUCACAACCCAAACUCUAUGACCGUCCAGCCUGGCCUUGCAGCAGUUUCAGGACCAAAGGGUACCUCCUCGAAUGAGUCGGCACCUAAUCAAAGCCGUCGAUCCAAAUUCAGCGCCCACAUAUUCCCGCGUGGCUUUGAAACCGGAUGUUCAUCGAGAAACAGUCCAGGGACAUGGAAGCAAUCAUUCCGUCAAUGGAAUAGAUGUGGCACCAAAUCGUCUUCGCUCCCUGCUCGUGAAGUCGCGACAUGCAUCAAUUGUGGGCAUCACGUUGCGGUCCGGGAACCGGCAGAGCCCAGCCACGAGCGAGUAGUCGAGAUGCUUUCCGAAUGUAGCCCGGAACUCGCCGAGCUGGCCAAGCAGCCGAACGUGCGGAUCAGUUAUGGCUUGCCGCCGUUGUCGAGUGAGCAACGCUCACGAGACAUGACAUCGACGGAAGAAGAGAUGGAGGGUGCCAAGGGGGAUGAAAAUGGAAAUGCGAAACCCAGUUACAUCUUGAUCUACACGGGACAUGACCGGCCGUGA